AUGUUUCACAAGUCACUCCUGGCCCAGCAGGGGGAGAAGGAGUGCGCCAAGCUUCACAGUGUUGUGAACAAACUGGUUGUCGUCGCAGCCCUCUCUACCGGCCUGCUCGUGUGUCUCACUCUGUUCAUGAAGCCUGAUCUGAGUGAACAGUUCCUCCAGCCCCACUUUUCCGUCAACCUCCCUGGCGUACCUCCGUUACCCAGAUCACAACCCCACCUGGACUGGGCGUCACAACUGCACUGUAACGUCAUCGGGAAUCCCAAAUGGGCGGGCCGGGCAGUGCAGCCCCAGAGGACGAGAGAGGCCCACUACUUUGAGGAGGCGGACUAUCACUAUAUGGACAAGCCCGGGCUGGGAGACUUGGUCCAUGUGCGGGUAGAUGUCUAUGACGGACGAGGUCGGCCCUUAUCUCGUGGAGGGGACGAGGUCAGAGUGCUCCUGCAAGAACCUGAGAAAAAAGCGUCCUUAGCAACGGAAGUCACGGACUUGGGAAACGGCAGCUACUACGCAGCUGUGCCCCUUCUGUGGACCGGAAGUCCUUUGGUCAAAGCAUCUCUGGUAUACAACCGAGAAUUAAUCCGGGCUCACCAUUACGCGCGUAGCGCGGUCAAGUCAAUUAAGAAUAUAGCUGCAGGAUUCAAAAGUUUCUUUGCAAGCGAGGCCACCCUCUGCUCUCCUUUUCCCUUCCUCCCAGGAUAUUCGCGGUUCUGUAACUUCACAGAAGAAAACGGCGGGAUGCCCUGGUACUGUGGUCACCCUCGUAACGAAGCCUUGACCUGCCGACACUGGUGGAGAAGCUUUGACCUGGAGUUUGUGUACCCUCUCCCUGUGACCGCCGCUGAGGAGGCGUGGAGCACGUAUGUGGCUUCUAGAAAGCCCACAGCGCGAGUACCUACAGAAAUUAAGGUAAAGGUGACCGACAGUGCCAAGCCGUCACCUCAACGUCACACCACGUCACCACCUGUUGGCAAGGCGGCGAAUCUCCAAAGCUGGACAAGCCAGGCACCCAGAGGAUAUUUUUUGCAGAAUUCUUGGGUGUCCAGUUCUUCCACUAUUCCGAAAUUCACAAAACCUCAGCUUUUACAAUGUUUGAAAAACACAACAGUACUCUUUCUCGGCGAUUCUAACGCUCGACUUGCUUUCAAGAUCUUAGCAGAGCGUGUUGGAUGUUCUUUAAACACUGGUGAGGUCAAACCGAGCUGGCAUCACCCUUUGAGCUGUGAGGAUAAUCAAAACAAUAUCUACAUGUAUUGGCAAAUUCACGCGUUGCCUUUUCACGCCGGCAAAAAAUCUGGCUGCGAUCGGGGAGACUCAAAAUCAGCGAAACAAUAUAUAGACGAGAUCCCUGCCGAGGGGAAGUAUCUGUUGAUGAUACAUCUGAACCUCCAUUUCCCCGCACACCAUUACAGUGUGUUCACCUCACAGAUGCACCAGGUGCGGGCGAGUGUGGAACGUGUUCUUCGGAGAAACCCAGAGGUCAAGGUAGUGGUCCGUGGCCCCCACCAGGCCUUGAAAGGUUGGGUACCGCUGAACGGAGGGGACAUAACCGCCCACGUAUUAACCAACAUCAUUAAGCGCUUGUUCGAGGGUCUCACGGACAGGGUCUUCUUCCUGCAGCCCUGGGACAUGACUGUUGCCAUACAGAACGGGCCUUUCCACCCCUCGAACCUCGUCAACAACGCCAUCUCUGAUCUCUUCCUCGCUUACGCGUGUUAUUCGUCAGAGGGAGGGAGGAAAUUAUUGUAAUAAUCAUUGUGUAGGUAGCUUAUCAUAUUGUAUUAAACAAAUAAUGUUGUAGCGUGUUCGCUUAUUAAGGGGGGAUUUUUAAGUUUAAGAACCUUGUAGUAAUCGUCAUCAUAAGUGUGUGUGCCUUGAGAAAGGAAUAAAAAGUCGAAUUUUGACC